CGCUGGAAUGUGUAUAAAACGUCGAGCGCCCGGUGAGCAGACCUCACUAGUUGCAGAGCUUGUCAGCAGUGUUUGUCCGAAUCAUCGUCGGAAACGAGCGCGAUGUUCAAGGCGUCUCUCUUCGUGCUCUGCGCUAUCGUCGCACGGGCAAGAUGCACGGGAGACUUCUACGUGGAUGAGACGCAAGAUAGACCGUCUCGGGUCAGGGCCAACGACAACAUCGGGCAUCCGGCUCCGUACAGCUUCACAUACGGCAGCUCGGACAAGUACGGCUCGCACGGCCGCGAGGAGACCCGGGACGAACACGGCACCGUGCGCGGCUCGUACCGCAUCGCCCUCGCGGACGGCCGCAUGCGCCUGGUGAAGUACGUGGCCGACAAGGACGGCUUCCGGGCAGGCAUCUCGACCAACGAGCAGGGCACCGAGUCGGCUAGUUCGUCGGGCGUGGUCAUCCACUCGGAGGCCCUACCCGGACCUGAAGCAGCGAGGGCAGCGCACAGGUCCAUGACUCGGGCCGGAGGUUCGAGGCACUCGGCUCCCAGGCACGCAGCCGCGGCUGCGGCGGCGGCGUCUUCGAACGUGGAGCAGUGGGCGGCGGCGCCGUCGCGCUUGAGGGCGCCGGCCUACCUGCCCGAACGGGGGGACCAGAUCGCCUAUUACGAGCCGUAGCUUUGCGGAUAGCAUGGGGCACGCAGUGAAGAUUUCACGUGGAUACGCGGCGGAACUAUCCCUAAGAUGCAUCAUGCGUGGUAGAUUCCAGUUUGAUGAUUUCGUAGCGCAGCAGGAACAGAGAGAGAAAUGCUUUAAUGAAAUGCUUGAGAUGUUAGCCUGGCUAUUCGCCUGACAUGCUACUCCAGGUUCUAGCUGAUGAUUGUGACAUAUACACUGUAAUCACAUAACAAC